AGUUGUUUUUACGACAGAUCAGAUCGGAAGCCGGCCUAGGAUGCUAGUGCUCUCGCGGACCUCCUCGGCAUGGGCUCCAGUCAUUCUAGAGUUUGUUUGCCAGAAGAGAGCUCCCGUCCUGCGGCAGAUAACGGCAGGCUGUCACUCACACUGCAGCCUUGUUCUGCAGAGAAACGCACCGGUUAGCCGGGGAAUAAACACAUUCACCUCCAGAUUCGUUUCAAGUUCGGACGUCCAGUUAUCCAGAAAAAUCAGCAUGUCGCUCAACGCGAUGUCGCAGAGAAUGGUGUGGGUGGACCUGGAGAUGACAGGUCUGGACAUUGAGAAGGACCAGAUCAUUGAGAUGGCGUGCCUGAUCACAGAUUCUGAGCUGAAUAUUCUGGCUGAGGGGCCCAACUUGAUCAUUAACCAGCCAAAGGCGCUGCUGGACGGCAUGUCGGAGUGGUGUGUAGAGCACCAUGGAGAGUCAGGACUGACCCAGGCGGUGCAGGACAGUAAAAUCACUUUGGAACAGGCAGAGUAUGAGUUCCUGUCCUUUGUCCGACAGCACACACCCCCUGGACAGUGUCCCCUGGCUGGGAACUCUGUGCACGCAGACAAGAGGUUCCUGGACAAGUUCAUGCCUCAGUUCAUGUUCCACCUGCACUACAGGAUCAUUGACGUCAGCACCAUUAAGGAGCUUUGCAGACGGUGGUAUCCAAAGGAAUAUAAAAUUGUGCCUCACAAGAAAGCAGCCCACAGAGCCUUGGAUGACAUCCAGGAGAGCAUCAAAGAGCUGAAGUUCUACAGAGCCAACGUGUUCAAGCCCUCAGAGGAGAAGAAGUGCAAAAUAUCCGAAAACGGAGGCAGCAGCAACAACAGCUGCCACACAUGAGAGAAGCUAUGGAGCCUCACGUGUUGUGUUUCUUUCAAAAAGAGGAGUUUAGUUUCUGUUUAUAUUUAGCGGCCAAAUAUUCCUUUGUUUCCUGAUUGUUCCAAAGUUAAAUAUAAAGGUUUCAUCAAAGGGAGCAUGAUUCUUCUUGUUUAUUCACCAGAAACCUAUUUUUCCAAGUUUAAAAUAUAUUUGUUUUACUUUAGUGUGGGAUUGACUUUGAUUUUCCCUCGCUUUUAAAGUGAAACUAAUAACACUACA